AUGAAGCCUCGUCGUGGAUACUUUUCCCGAAUUUUACUUCGAAUAUCCUUGGCAAUAUACCCUUGCCUCAGCAAAUCCACAACAACUCUUUCUUCUGACUUUAAAAGAGGAAGAUCAGCAACUCUCAAGCCAUGGGUGAGGUGUUGGGUGCAGUACCUCGCGAGAACUGUGCCAUCAUCAUUUAUAUACGCCUUGAGAAAUGAAGUACAGUUGCUGACGGAAGGCUUUGUCUCCUCCGAAGGAUCCCUACAGCACUCGCUAGUGGAGACCCUGCUGCAUCGGUAAAAUACAACAUCGUUACGAUGAUCACUUCGACAACGUCCGCUGAAUAUCCAAACAGUACAGUAAGUUUUUGCCAUCGAAUUUUUCCAUAACUCAAAUUCCUUUUCAGUACGAAAUCGGCGUUGA